UUUGCCUAGGGCUUUUGUCUAUUGAGACGGCGUCGUUUGUUGUUUUCCCACUCUCUCUGUUUGGUUUGGUUAAAUCGAGUUCUUCCGAAGCUCGGUCGUCGUCGUCGAGGUUGGGUGCGUAAAAUUUACGGUUUCUGAGUCUAAGAGACUAAGAAGAGUUAAAGGAGAGAACGAGUGCUCACAAUCUCUGGGAAUCUGAGGUGUUACGUGUUUAGCCAAAGGUCAUAUAUAACUCGAAGAUCUUCUUUUCUUUCUUUUUGCCGGUCUAUUCAAAUUUGGACUACCCGUUCCGAUCAAAUCAAGAUGGAUUUUCAGAGUUGCUAAGCUGACAGACUAUUAGUGAUUGCAAAGAUGGGUUUAUUGAAGAAAAAGGAUUCAACUUCAGCUCGCUCUUCUACUUCCCCCUGCGCCGAUUUGCGAAACGCUUACCACAAUUGCUUCAACAAAUGGUACUCGGAGAAGUUUGUUAAAGGGCAAUGGGAUAAAGAAGAGUGUGUUGCCGAGUGGAAGAAGUACAGAGACUGUCUCUCGGAGAAUUUGGAUGGUAAGCUUCUCACUCGCGUUUUGGAGGUAGAUGGUGAGCUGAAUCCAACAAAGCAAGCUGAUUCAAAUAAAUCCGGUUGAUGAUACUUGAUCCCCAUAUAGUAGUUUUCAAUAACAGAUUGAACAACUCAAAUUCUUAAGUAGGGUAGAAUGAGAUUGUUGUAUUCUUUAUUCAAAAUGGAAGAAAAUAAAGAAAUCAUCAUUUCUUCUUAAA